AUGGCUCGUCCUUAUCUGCUCCUGGCCCUUCUGGCGGCAAGUCUUGCGGCAGCUGCGAAGCCGAACCUUUGGCGUGGCCGGCGGAAGGGUCGAAGAGGGCCCGAAGCCGCAGGUUUUCCGAGCAGCUUCCUCUCCGAGGCAUCAGCGCAGUCGGAUGGAGGGGAUCAGUGUCGCGGACCGGGCCAUUCUGAUCUCCAUCUCCUGGCUGCGGCCACUGCCUGCUGCUAUGGCAGGAUUGUCCACAACACCUCGUGCUGUAUGGACGAGAACAUUGCCACCGGGGUUUCGCGGAAGGAAGUCCAGCGACCGGGUAUGUCCUGGGAUUGCAAUGACGAGAACUGCUACGACACGCUGGUCGGGAAGCGAGGUGCCGAUGUGCUUUGGUUUCCCGAUGGAGCCGACUGCUCCACACCGAGGAUCCUAUACACCCAUGGCGGCAGCUGGAUGUUUGGGUCUCCGGACACCGACUCGUAUGCUCAACUGGCUUCGAAGCUGUCGAAGGCCACAGGCGCUGUGGUGAUGUUGACAGACUACCCUUUGGUUCCUGCUGGUAACUACACCAGCAUCUUGCAGUGGUCGAUCGCUGCAUUGCAGUGGCUGGAAGUCAACGGACCUGUCGAAGGCUGUGGGAAAGAGCGGCCGCCACUGUUUGUCGGAGGUGACUCCUCAGGUGGGGGUACCACCAUGUCCCUCGUGCUGACGCUCAAACAGACGCCACAUCUUCUGAAGCGCCCUUUGGACGGUGCCUUCUUCUACAGUCCCUGGACCAAUCUGAUGUGCAACACUCCGGAAUACUACACCAAUGCUUUCUCCCGCAUCGAGAACUCUGGGCGGUUCAAGGACCACACGCAGCUGCAGAUGUACACUGGAGACAUUCUUUUCCAACAGAUCACGCCCGAGAAUGCCGAUGCCUUCGAGGGGAAUGCUGUGGAGUACUUGGGUGGAUUGGACGAGCUCCAGACGGAUCCAAUUGCUUCGUCCUUCUUUGCCGAGCCGCAGGACUUCACAGGUGAUGUGCCUCCGCUCUUCUUCAGCGUGGGAGCCUCUGAGUCGAUCCUGGGAGACUCCGUCCACGUGGCGCAGACAGCUGCACAAGCGGGUGUGGACGUGAUCCUGGAUGUCUACCACGCGAUGUGGCACGUGUUCCCGAUGUACUCGGAAGGCUGCGGCAGUGGCACAGAGCUUUGGCAAGGAGCUUAUGCAAUUAACAAGACGGGCCUCUUCGUCCGGCACAUUGCAGAGACAGGCAGGUUGCCAUACAAGGUGACUAUUGAAGGUCCCAAAGGUGGCCCUCCGCAGUCGAGCAUCCUGGCCCGCUUCUGGGAGCCCGGCACAAGCAAGUUACCCGCCUUCCAGUACCUCUACGACCCGAACAUCAAGAAGUUCGAGAAGGUUGGGGAGCUGAUGCCCAACACGGAUGCAGCGUACAGCUACAAAGACCUGAUGAAGACCUUGGCGCACUCGUCGCCAUGGGUUGUUCUUCCAUCCAUUACAGGCACCCGGGACUGCUUUGUUUGGGAUCUCGGUAAGAACCUGGGAUUAGGAUGGUACAGCAACUUUUAUGCUUUCCUGAAAAUGUACAUGUGUUGUCUAAACCCACCUCAACAUCUCCUCUUUUUGGGCCAUAUGUGUUUGGAAGUCAUCUGA